UGAAGUUGAGGGUUUGUCUGUCAAGCUGUCAAAACCACAAGUGGCGCACUAACGAGACACGCCCAGUGAUAUUGAUCACGCCUUCUCAUGAAUAUUUGGGCGCCGCCUACAUUGAUGCCGAUCGACCAAUCAGAGACACGCCUCUUGUCCCAUGGUUGUCUCUCUACACUUCCAAUCUCCGAAACGGUUAAUAAUGAAGUUACUACCAGGAAUAAAAACUUUUAAUAUGAAAUUGACUAGAAAUUCAAGGGGGUAAUGUUUAUUUCGACUAAAAAAUUCAGGACACUACCGAUAUAUCGAAAAAGUGUUUUGUUCAACCUUGUGGUGGUCCUACAGAGGAAGAGCGUGUUCGAGACGAAAGCGGGAAGGCCCCCGAGGAAUUCACAAACGGAGGCACCGCGGGAUCCAGACUGGUGUGUGUACUCGCCAGCAAUACAUGUUACCCUAGCAUGACUUAUCAUUGACGAGGACUCCAUGAUCAGACAAGAAACGGGUCAUGCAACUCAAUUAACCGUUUUUACGAUUCUCCCAAAAAGUGUUGUUGGAUUAUUUAUAUGUUGUUAUUACUGGGAUUACGAUAUUUGAACAAUGAUAAACCCAUUCAUGGAUGCACCACACGCCCCCCACCUGCCACCCGGGGCUAUCAAGCUGACACCCCCUCAUUCCAUGUCCGAGGGUGGGGGAAUUCAUGGCCAGACGGGCCAUCAAUUCGGGGCCCAGUCUAACGGGUAUGGGCUACCACACUCACACGUUAGCAGUUACGCUGCCCGGGAUUUCCUUCUGAGGAGACCGGACAUUGGACUGUCCGAGUCCGGGACCACAGGACACCCCGGUAUGUUUGUUCCGUCCUCUGGAAGUUUCCAUUCCGCUCAUCAUCCGGACACGAGUUCCAACCAUGUUCUGUUUCCAGGUCUCCAUGAUGCUGCGGCACAUCACAACCCCGGUCACCAUGUCAACAGUGGUAUGCGUUUUGGGGCGACAGACAUGUACUCACGUGCGGACCAGUUCAAUCACAUGACUGGACCACGCGCGGACCAUUUUGGGACCACACAGCCCUUCAAUGUGAAUCCCAUGGGAGCAAUGAACCACAUGGGUCCCCAUGGCCCCGGGGCGUUUUUCAGGUACAUGAGACCCCCGAUAAAACAGGAACACACGUGUCUGUGGAUAGAUCCCGAGGGGCCGGACCCGAAAAAGCCUUGCAACAAGAUUUUUGGUACUAUGCACGAGAUAGUUUCACACGUGACCGUAGAACACGUGGGUGCCGAACAGAAUAGUCAUAUGUGCACGUGGGAAAACUGUGCACGUGAGGGAAAGCCAUUCAAGGCCAAGUACAAACUUGUAAACCAUAUCCGUGUCCAUACCGGAGAGAAACCCUUCCCCUGUCCAUUCCCGGGAUGUGGAAAAGUGUUCGCCCGAAGUGAGAACCUCAAGAUACAUAAGAGAACACAUACAGGAGAGAAGCCAUUUAUGUGUGAAUAUGAGGGAUGUGACCGGAGAUUCGCGAACAGUUCCGACCGGAAGAAGCACAGUCACGUGCACACGAGUGACAAACCAUACAACUGUCGGAUAAAAGGAUGUGAAAAAAGUUAUACACAUCCAAGUUCACUCCGAAAACAUAUGAAAGUUCACGAAAAUUGUUCAGAAUUCGAGGAAAAAUUCUCAGAUGACGAAAAGUGUGGUAUUGAAAUACAAAAUACAUCACCAUUAUCAAAAACAUCAUCCCAAAGUUCAGCAUCACCCGGAAAUCGGAGUCAUUUCACGACACCAUCGUCAAUAUCUUCUUCAGGGUUGACGUCAAACGUCACAUCCGGUUUGCCUCAUUCUCAUCAUCCGCCCAACCUUAGUGAAUGGUACGUUUGUCAGGGAUCAACAGGACAUGGUAAUUUGACAUCAGCACAUCUGUCCGAACAGCCGGCCUUUAACGCCCUAGGACAUCUACAGACUUUACAGCCUCCGACCAUUGUCCAGUACUCUUGAUCACUAAACACCAGUGAAAAUACAAAACAGUCAUAAUUUAAAGUGUGCCAGUAUCCAUUUGUACUCGUUUCUCCAGGAGAAAUGCAAGGAUGAGAAUAUAAGAGGAAAGUUUUUUAAGUUAUUUUUUUUUGUCUCAGUUUUCGAAGAUUCUUCAUGCCGAGCCAUGCUCUUAAAGAGUUACCUCAUGUAUGGACAAAGCUUAUGUAGCAUGUAUUAGAAUACACGAUAUUGUUUUAUUCCAAAUAUAGAGCUUUGUUUAAAUGAAAAGAAUCUUCUUUAUAUGACUGUAAGACAUGGUUUACGGACUGGCCCUCUGUCUCGAGAAUUUGAGAAUUGUAAACAAAAUUGAGCUUUAUGAUUUUGGUCUCUAUUCAAAUUCAAAUUUAUUUUAUUCUCUUUUCACAUACUGACAUGAUGUAUAGAAAAAAAACAUAUUUACAAUAUAAUAUAUACAAUUAAAGUAGUGUUCGUAUAGUCGAUACACUGUUUCACAACAAAACAUUAAGAAAUGUCUGAUUCAAAGUUUCAAACUAAGGGGAGAUAAUAAAUUAUUAUUAACAAUUCUCAACACAAAGUUCAGGGGCUGUUGACCAGUCAAGGUUUAAAUAGAAAAUACAAAAUAUUUCUUGUGAAUGGUAUAGAGUAUUGUGCGAGGUAUACCUGAAGCAUAUGAUUUUUCACUUUUGUAUAAUUACUUUCUGUAUAGCAGAGAUAUAUUAAUAUGAUUCUGUUGAAGCUAUCACACUUGUGUUUUGUUUGAAAUAGAGGAGAUGUAGCCAUCACUCCUUAAAGAAAUGCUGAAAACGCGUCAUCACUAAGCUUAAACCCAGCUUUGAACGACACCAAUACUGUUGUUACAUAAAACAUUUUUAUUCUAAAAUUUUGACGAAAGGAAUCUGAAUAGAUGUCAAGGUUAUCCCCGGUAACAAAUCAAAUUGAAAAUGUGUAUCAAUGUAUAAUAUUCAAACAACUCCCAACUGAUUUUCGUUAUUUAUGUUCCACCAAUGUUCUUUGACUGACAUUUCAUUCCUUGAAUGUACAUCUUAUGUUUUAAUACAUUUUCAUUGACACUUCCUAUAUAAAUUGUAAAAUGAUUAAGCAGUGUUGUGACUUGACCGCUAUGCUUCACUGUACAGUAGUUUAAAUUAUGUUGGACAGCCUUCAGCUUCUUUCCAGAACAUUUGCAAAUUAUGAACUGAUAUUUUUGUAUGUUUGUAUUCAGAUUAGAUAAAUACUGCCUAAACCAAAACAUAUCUUAUUAACUUAAAGAUGGGUAUUUUUCAUUUAAAUAGAUCUCAAUCUAAUGAUUUAUGUUUGCUUUUUGCUCUUUGGGUUUUAAAUCUUGUGUCAACUGACCAUGUUCUGUAUAAGAUCACAUGGAUGGAUUUUAGAACGAUUGUACAUGCGUUCCAUUAUAAAAGAAUUUCCAUAAGUUAGUGGGAUAUUUUCAAGUAAUUUUCAUAUUCAAAUAUUUGCUGUAAAAUGCACAAAGUAAUGUACAUGUAGAUAGAGACAUUGUGUGUUAAAGGAGUUGUAUCAAAUUGGAUACUUCGCGUUUUCUAAAGCAUUUUUUCCAUUUUACCAUAUUUGGGUUUAUUUAUUUUAAAAUUUGAUUUCGCUAGACUUACAACUUGUAUAUUUCCAGGCUCGUAAUGUUUUCUCCCUCUCGUUCAAAUUUAGAUUCCUUAAUUUUAUUUUUUUGAGGUACCGUGUACGUAUACAACUGUAUUUCGAACAAUGGUAAAACCUUUGAAGUACAUUGGUUUCCGUCAUGUAACACAGCCAAUCAUAUUGCAUUCAAUACGUGACAUAAUGACGUCAGCAAUAUGGCGGCCAUCUGGUCGGACGUCUGCAAAUAUUAUCAAGCCACAUAAACAUAAUUGGUUGCGACAUGCCGCCUCACGUGUCAAAAAUGAGUCGGAAUCGCGGUUUUCAUCACAUUUUAUAAAAAAUCGUGUUGGUAUUCAAACGUUUCGUCACACUCAAAUACGUUAUACAUGUAUGAAAGACUCAUUUGCAAUGUGCAUACACAUGUUUGUUUCUAUCAUGGUAAUUCGUAUGAUAAACUGUGACGUCAUGCUAGCAUAUAAUGACGUCAUGUUUACAAACUUUUGCAUGAUAUUUACAUUUCCAGUGUGUGCUCGUUAGAAGUAUGUAAACAUCAAAUUUGACACGUAGGAAUUUAUAUAUAAAAUGUAAGUACAAUGAAUAUAUAUAUUUUUUUUAUCGUUUACUGGUGUGGAAACUGCAUUUUUUUUUUACAGAUAUUUAAAAAUGGCGCCCUAACAAGAACUUUUCCUUAAAUAGCAUGCGGCCAAAAUUGAUUCUUAGAUAUGGCGAUGUUUUUAUAUAAUUCUCAGGGGUAUGGUAACCUAUCAGUCAUGGGUUAUUCAUAUUUCAAUGCAAGGGGGUAAUAAAAAUCUUUAUGUUGAUCCCCUUUCUUUAUUAUAUUUGUCUACUCCUAUAACUGGCGCCUGUGUAACAUGUCGCUACAUUUCCUUAUGACGACUAUGUACAGAAUCUGUUGAGUCAGUUAAAACAAGAAUGACGUCAUUGUCUAUGACGCGUUAAUUAAUUAAUACUUUUAUAAAUGUGUUAUUGAUGUUAUUAAAAUUGUUACCAGAU